GCUAUAUGAAAUUGUUGAGAGACAGAAGAUAAGGCAAGGCAGGCAAUAAUAAUGGAAGUGAAAUACAAAACCCUAGAAAUUGUCCCAAAAUCUGGUUCUGGUUCUGGUUCUGGUUCUGGUUCUGGUUCUGGUGUGUGGUAUCUUACAUUGAAUCGUCCCUCACAACGCAACGCCCUUUCCGAUGAUUUCUUCUGUGAGUUCCCAAAAGCCCUGUGUGCACUCGACCACAACCCCAACGUGAACGUCAUCGUUUUAUCCGGUGCUGGCAACCACUUUUGCUCCGGCAUCGACCUUUCCCUUUUGAAAUCUACAUCUACUACUGGUGCCAAUGGCGGCGAGAGUCUCCGGCGACAGAUCCUGGCGAUGCAAGAUUCGUUGACGUCCCUGGAACGAUGCAGGAAACCCGUCAUUGCCAGUAUACAUGGAGCUUGCAUCGGUGGUGGAAUUGAUAUCAUAACCGCCUGUGACAUAAGGUUUUGUACGAAGGAGGCGUUUUUCUCGGUGAAGGAGGUGGAUUUGGCCCUGGCGGCUGAUCUGGGAACUCUUCAGAGGUUGCCCAUGAUUGUCGGUUUCGGCAACGCCAUGGAGUUGGCUUUGACGGCUCGCAGGUUCUCAGGUUUGGAGGCCAAGGAGUUGGGUCUCGUUUCUCGGGCUUUCGAUUCCAAACACGACCUAGACGAGGGCGUCUACCAGGUCGCUCAGGCAAUUGCUACCAAGUCUCCCCUUGCGCUUAUUGGGACAAAAACUGUGUUGCUUAGAAGUAGGGACUUAACUGUGGAUCAAGGCUUGGAUUAUGUUGCAACCUUGAAUUCUGCCAGAUUGUUAUCUGCUGAUUUAACUGAAGCAGUUAUGGCACAGAUGCAGAAGCGGAAGCCACUUUUUUCAAAGCUCUAAAGCGCCACCAUGCAUCACCUUUUGUUUCUUACUAAAUACAUCAUAUUCAUAUGUGAGACAGACUGAGAUUUUCCUGUUUCUUUCUUUUUGCUUUGCUUUUGCUAUGUCAAGAAAUAAAAAUCAUGAUAUAUAUUCAUUUGGAUCACAGAGUUAAGUACUGCUCAUCAUUGAUUUAUUAUUA